UCCUCAGCGCCCCGGGCCCGGCCGGGCGGCGGCGGCGGCGGCGGGAGCGGGAGCUCGAGGCUCGAGGCUCGGCGGCGCCCGCGCCCCGCGCCGUCGCCAUGGCCCUGGUGACCCUGCAGCGCUCGCCCACGCCCAGCGCCGCCUCCUCCUCGGCCAGCAACAGCGAGUUGGAGGCUGGCAGUGAUGAAGACCGCAGGCUCAACCUCAGCUUAAGCGAGAGCUUUUUCAUGGUGAAAGGAGCGGCCCUCUUUCUGCAGCAGGGAAACAGCCCUCAAGGCCAGCGGAGUCUGCAGCAUCCCCACAAACAUGCAGGUGACUUGCCUCAGCAUCUUCAAGUGAUGAUCAACCUCCUGCGCUGUGAGGACAAAAUCAAGCUGGCCGUGCGCCUGGAGAGCGCCUGGGCAGAGCGCGUGCGGUACAUGGUGGUGGUGGACAGCAGUGGGCGCCAGGACACGGAGGAGAGCAUCCUGCUGGGCGUCGACUUCUCCAGUAAGGAGAGUAAGAGCUGCACCAUCGGCAUGGUUCUGCGACUGUGGAGUGACACCAAGAUCCACCUCGAUGGCGACGGUGGCUUCAGCGUCAGCACGGCAGGACGGAUGCAUGUCUUCAAGCCCGUUUCGGUGCAGGCCAUGUGGUCGGCCCUGCAGGUUCUGCACAAGGCCUGCGAAGUGGCUCGGAGACACAACUACUUCCCGGGGGGCGUGGCGCUCCUCUGGGCUACCUACUACGAGAGCUGCAUCGGCUCCGACCAGAGCUGCAUCAACGAGUGGAAUGCCAUGCAGGACCUGGAGUCCACGCGGCCCGACUCCCCGGCCCUGUUUGUGGACAAGCCAACCGAAGGGGAAAGGACUGAGCACCUCAUCAAAGCCAAAUUGCGAAGCAUCAUGAUGAGCCAGGACCUCGAGAACGUCACCUCCAAAGAGAUCCGGAAUGAGCUGGAGAAGCAGAUGAACUGCAACCUGAAGGAGUUCAAGGAAUUCAUCGACAACGAGAUGCUCCUCAUCCUGGGUCAGAUGGACAAGCCUUCCCUCAUCUUUGACCACCUUUAUCUCGGCUCUGAAUGGAAUGCGUCCAAUCUGGAGGAACUGCAGGGUUCAGGUGUUGAUUACAUUUUAAAUGUCACUAGAGAGAUUGAUAAUUUUUUCCCGGGCCUGUUUGCCUACCAUAACAUCCGAGUGUAUGAUGAAGAAACAACAGAUCUUCUUGCCCACUGGAACGAGGCGUACCACUUCAUCAAUAAAGCCAAGAGGAACCAUUCCAAGUGCCUGGUCCAUUGCAAGAUGGGGGUGAGCCGCUCGGCCUCCACGGUCAUCGCCUACGCCAUGAAGGAGUUUGGCUGGCCUCUGGAGAAAGCGUACAGCUACGUGAAGCAGAAGCGCAGCAUCACGCGGCCCAACGCCGGCUUCAUGAGGCAGCUGUCAGAGUACGAGGGCAUCUUGGACGCAAGCAAGCAACGGCACAACAAGCUGUGGCGCCCGCAGCCUGAGCACUGCCCCCAGCUGCCCGGGGACGGACACGCAGGCCCCGGGACUCUGGACAGUGCCCCGGAACCACCGCGGCUGCUCUGCUUGGAUACUGCCCCCCAGCCCGGGCUCCCCGGAGCCGCCACUCACCCCUGCUGUUUUCGACGGCUCUCGGACCCCCUCCCGCACUCCCCAGAUGAGGAGCAAGGCAGCGCGGUUCCGCUGGCCCGUCUGGAGAGGGACACGGCAUGGGAGGAAGCGACUGAGGUGCCUCGGCCGGCCAGACAGCCCCAGCAAGGGCCCAGCUCCUCCGACAGGGACGUGAAGAGGAAACUCGAAUUCGGGAGCCCCAAAGCCCAGAGAGGCUCCGUAGCCCUGGCGGAGGCGAUGGAGCGGGAGGAGGCCCCGGGAGCCGGAAAGUGGCGCUGGGCCCCCGCCCCACCCGACCCCAGCUUGCUCGACCGGGAGAACCUCAAUAACAACAACAGCAAGAGGAGCUGCCCGGAGGACUUCGAGCACGACGCUAUUUUCGGGAUCCUUCACAAGGUGAAGCCUUCCUACAAGUCCUGCGCAGAGUGCAUGUACCCGGCCGCCAGCAGAGCCCCCGAGGCCUCGGGGGAGCAGGGCCAGAACCCCGGGGCCCCCGCCAUCUGCACGCAGCCCACCUUCCUGCCCCACCUCACAUCUUCGCCCAUGGCUCCUGCGUCCAGCAGGUCUCCACCACUGGGCACCCCUGAAAUGCCCCCAUUGCUCCCCGUGGACUCAUGGAGACCGGGCGUGGGCGGGGCCGGCGCCCUGGAGCUCCCGGUCACCGCUGGUCUUUCAGAACCUUCCAGAGACUCCCAGAGAGUCUUGCCCAGGUGUCCCCUUACGAAGGACCCUCUCAGUGACAAGAGCCCUCCCGGUCUGGAAGGGGCAAAGGAGGACGCAUCUCCCAGGAGGGACCCGAAGCCGGCCAAGGACCUGCGGCUCCUGUUCCGGAAGGAGGCGGAGAAGCCGAGCGCCAGCAGCUACCUGAUGCAGCACCAGGAGUCCAUCAUCCAGCUGCAGAAGGCCGGCUUGGUCCGCAAGCACACCAAAGAGCUGGAGAGGCUGCAGGGCGGCCCCGCGGAGCCCGGGGCCCGCAGGGACAGCAGGCUGGGCGCCAGCAUCCCCGAGGAGGACGCGCAGGAGGACCCGGGCCUGCCCGACAUCGGCGAGGACGAGGCGGCGGGGCCUGGCCCUGCCCUCGCCGAGGGCGCCUCCCUGAAGAGCCCCCCUCUGCAGCUCUGCCGCCUGGACCACAGCAGCCACUUCUCCCGAGACUUCCUGAAGACCGUCUGCUACACGCCCACCUCGUCCUCGCUGAGCUCCAACCUGACGCGCAGCUCCAGCAGCGACAGCCUGCACAGCGUGCGCGGCCGGCCCGGGCUGGUGAAGCAGCGCGCUCAGGAGAUCGAGACGCGCCUGCGGCUGGCCGGCCUCACCGUCUCCUCCCCGCUCAAGCGCUCGCACUCCCUCGCCAAGCUCGGGAGCCUCAACUUCUCCACCGAGGACCUGUCCAGCGAGGCCGAUGGGUCCACCCUGGCCGACUCCCAGGAUGCCACGCUUGUCCGGUGCCCCUGCUCCCACGGGCCCCUGGUGACCCCCGUGAUGACAUCGGCAGGGAAAACCGAAAAGUCCAGAACCUUGAAAAGCCCCCCUUCACAGGCGAGCGAAAGCUGACCCGAGGCCCCCCCCACCUUCAUUUCACCUGGGGUCCCCGUGGACCCUCACAUCAGGAUGGCUCUCGUCCCCGCGCGUUGGGGCUGUUCUCCUGAUGGCCCGCUUCUUGCCGGAGAGAGGAGGAGGAGGAGCAGGAGCGAGACGCCGCAGCACAGCGCUGGAGACCACGUGGCCACGCCGCUUCCACACCCACCGUGUGAGUUGUCGAGAAGAAGAGUGCGCACCAAAGGGCACAGGGGCCAGGAGCGCCCCCUCACUCUGGGCAAGAAAGCAGUGGCCCCAUGUCCUCUGCACGGGGGCGCAAGUGCAGUGCAGCCCACACGCGCAUACACACACACACACACACACACACACACACACACACACGUGCGCACUCUCUCAGACAAUAGAAGUCCUACCUCUGCUCUUGCCAUGUGUUUUUUUUUUUUUUUCCAUCAUGAACAGUAAUGACCAAGGCUCAUUCCAGGGAAUAAUGCUGUCAUAAAAGGCUUUUCCAAAAACAAUUUUGGGGAGGGUCAGGCCCCCAAAAAGUGUUACGACUUUAAGCAGCCCGACCACUGGAGUCCUGCGUGGAAACGUGGCACUGGGUGCCACCAGCUCUGUGCUGCUCGAGGCCAAUGCGGUUAGAGUCUUUGCCCAUCCGUCUGUCCACGUGCCCACCAGUUCAUCCACCUGUCUGCCCAUCUAUCCGUCUCACCAUCUGUUCGCUCACCCAUCCAUCUGUCCAUCUGUCCAUCCAUUGGUCCUUCCAGGGUGUGCAGGCAAGCCCUGUAUCUGUGCCUCGCACCCGGGUUGGUGGGAGAACGUGAGGGAUGUGCUCAGUCGUAGCCAAUGGGAAGUUUGCGUCAGAACCCACUUGCUUGGCCAAGGUGGGUAAGGAGAGAGCAGAUUUAGGGUGUCAAGGGUCGUCUGUUCACUGGGGCGGGGUUCUGCCAGGCAUGUGUCCCCCCCAGUUCUGGGCAAGGGGAGGAGGUGUCGGCCAGGGACUCCUCUUCCCAGGCCAACUGAAUGGGCCCUCGCAGCAGCUGCAGCGGGAGAAAUGCACUGCAGGAAGCCUCCCCGUGUUCACCGUCACCCCUUCCUGCGCCGGGAACUCCCACCUGCUCCUCCCCGGUUGUGCCAGUCCCCUCAAGACAGGUCUGUGGGCUGCAUCCAUGACACAGGCAGGGCCUCCCCAUUGUCCUCAGUAGGACCAGAGGGUAAAGGCUCUGGGUGAGAGUAGCUGCCUGGUUUCACUCCCAGGGCGGCAGCCGCAGGAGCUUGGCGCGGUUUCCGAGUUGAGAAGGGGUUCAGAGGGUCCCUCUGCUGACGCACUCCAGACUGCCCCUGGCCACCUGUUGAGGGAACCCUCCUGUGGGCAGGACCCCCCUCCCUCUCUGCUCUUUAGGAAGAGGUGGUCCACAGCUGUCCUCUCCAGGACCUCAUGUUUUUUCAAAUAUUCAUUAUUUUACUUUCCAGAAACCUGAUUUCCUACCCCCACUGACGGAAGUCCCCUUAAAAGGUGUGGGUCCACUUAUUCCUGAACCCCCGUGGGCUUACCCUGCUGCUUCGGCCAAUACAAGCAGCGCCCCGGAAACGGACCCCAAGUAGUUUCUGCCUGUCAGAUGUCCCAUGGUGGAGCCCUUCGUAGGUCCAGGUAGGCUUUUCGGUUUCGUGGCUACAGGCGCUAUUUGAAAACGGGCGUCCAGAGAGCGUUGGGUCUCCUUGGCCCAGUGCAGGGUGGACGGAGGCCCUGCCGUGGACGGCCUUCCUCCGUGGCUCACACACAGCUGGCACAUCAGCCAGGAAGCCUCUGGCUCUGCGGAGAGGAAACAGGCUCUCCCCCAAGACUGUGGCCCAUGACAAAUGGCAGUUUGAUGUUGUCGCUGCCACCCUGACCAGUGCCAGCUUGACACUGAGUCUUCUGUUCCACCACCUGGCAGGCUCCUGGACCUGAGGCCCUGGGGAGAGGCCGUGAUGGGGGGUUUGUGCGCGGGGGGAGAGGCUGGGUGAGCAGGGAGGGAGAGCCAGCACGGUCCCUGUGCAGGGGGCCUCUGCUGGUGUCCUGUGCCACCUCCCUCCCCUGGCCCCGCUGACAGUUCAUGGGAAAGGGGGGUACAGUGAAUGGAGGGCUCUGGGUGUCUGGGGCUGCUGGGUGGAGUCGGGGGAACCAGUCGGGAGAGUGGGGAGAGCACUGCUCCCUGUCUGACCCUCUGGCUCCCCACUGCAGGAACUCACCUGCGCCCCCUCCCAGGCAUGCGGGGACACCCCAGGGCUCACCCUGGCCGCGCUGGCCUGACCCCCCAUCCCACUCCUGCCCGUUCCAGCCAAGGAGCAUUCCAGGCCCUUCUGUCCCCCACCCCGUGCACACACACCCACUCCCGGUGGGCAAGCCUGGGGGAAGCCAGGGUUGCCAGAGACCAAGCCUUUGUAGAACCACCCAGUCCUGUCCCCCACUCCGCCGCACCCCAAAGGCCAAUGGCCCCUUCCCCGUCCCCCUGCUCCCCGGAUUACUUUGUGGGAAGCUGUGCUGCCUCAUUUAGUCAUGAUCAUGAAGGUGUGAAAAGGGGGGCUUGGGGCCAGGAUACAUCACAGCCACCCCUCCCCCUGCCCCUUCGCAGACUUGAUCUGCCCGGGAGACCCGGGAGACAGGUGCUGCCAUCCCCACCCUGCGUCGUGGAUGGGCCCCUGGGUCUGGCCCCUGCCACUGACAGUAUGUGCAUCCGUGCACGUUGCUAAUCAGACCACCACGACAUCACUCCUGCAGAUGGACGCGCGUUGUGUCUGUCAACAGGCAUCUUCCCCGGACCCCACUUCCCUCCACGGUCCUGUUUUACAAUUGAGUGCCUUAAUACUAGUUUACAAAUACUGUGUAUUUAUGGGAAACCAGGAAGCUCGCCCCUUCUGUGAUUGGACCUGUUACCCUGUCGGCAGAGGAGGCUGUGGGCCACCCCAGACGUGUGUGUGCGCAUGUGUGCAUGUGUGUGCGUGCGCGUGCGUGCAUGCAUGUGUGUGUGUCUGUACGUGCUCCCCCACUGUGCAGUGGGCCAUGCGGGUGCAGUUCCCAGCCAUAGGGACCGUGGCUGGGCGCAGCACUGAGGUCCGUGCAGUGAGGCGGCACUGGCUGGCAGGGAGAAGAGAGCUCUGCUAGCCAGCAGAGGGUGGCACUGUCCUGGUGCUCCCUCCCCCAUCACAUUGUUGUACUCAUUAACAGGGAUUAUAAUUCCACCCAGACGACCCUUUCCCCCUCUCCUGUCGGUGUCCUGAGCUCUUGGACACAAAAUCCAGGUCCGGCCGCUCCCACCUCCCCACCCCGAGAGGAGCAGAAACUGCCUGUGGGUUCUAGUCGAUGAGUUCUGUCAGGUUGUUUGUUUUUUUAAUUAUUAUUAUUGUUUCCCUUUUUUUUAUAUAUUUAAAAGGCAGUAUCUUUUAUACUGUGAAUUUGCAGUAGGAGAUGCAUAAUGCACUUUUUUUUUUUUACUUCUGUUUGGUGUGUACUGUAUAUAGUCUGUGUGCUUCUUGUGAUGGAAAUAAACUUUUUCUGUAU